CACGUUUGGGGCGGGGGCCGGGGUGGAACCCGGGAGUCCCGGCCCCAGCUCGGAGCCCUUUCUCAAUUUGCCCCCGCAGAGGAUGGGGCUACCCGCGGCUCCGGGGCUCAGCAGGAGGCAAAGGGGGUUCCCAGGAGUGAAGCAUUUCGUGAAAGUAUUCCAGGAACAAUCGGGCUUCCCACAGUUGUCCUGCUCUGGAAAGGGAAACUGAGGCGCAGGGCAAUGUAAAGAUUUACCCAAGGUCAGAAAGCGAAGGUUGACUGGCCUUGCCCAGGUACAGGACCCAGGUGUCCGGACCAGCCCAGCGUUCUGCUCUCUAGGUUUUGCAGCGGUUGUGUUUGCCUUUGAUAAAUCUCUGUGUGUUUGUUUUAGAAAUCUGCUGGCAUUGUGGGACCUCUUCAAGGCUGCCAAGCACCAACUUGCUUCGUGUGUCCUGGGCAGGUGUGGGGCAGGUGGCAGCUCGGUGACCUACCACCAUGAAUGAAGGCGGACUUUUUGAUGAAGAAACCCAAACAGUGGAUGCCCACUAGGUUGAUUUGGCUCUCAUAGGUUUUGACAAAACCUGCCCUGUUCCCUUUGGGGAAUCUGAGUGAGGAAGAUUACAGACACCUUCAUUGGGAAGCCAAGGACGUUUCUGUAUAAUCAGGGGAUGAAAGGAUUUUCUCAGACUUUUUUCCGUUUUCCUUGAGGAUUAAUCCUUCACAAAUCUACAAUUCCAGCAAGGCGCACGAUGUGGCAGAAGCCUGGAGCACCUUCAGAAUUGGUGUGGACCCUCCUUUUACCGUAGGGGAGUUAGACACAUGCCACCCCCAGUCCCCUCCUGCUGAUCUCUUCUCUUUAACCUGCCCUCCUUUUCUGAGUUCAAUUCUGUAUCCAGAACCUUCCUCUGGAGCUAUAAGUGGAUUGCCAGAAAUGAGAGAUUAAGUGUUGGGAGAAGAGGAAGCGCCCUGUGUUGUGUCUUCUCUCAGCUGCUGACAUGAAGUGCUUUUUCCCAGUGCUGAGCUGUCUGGCGGUGCUGGGUGUAGUAUCAGCACAAUGGCAGGUCACCGUCCAGGAAGGACCCUUGUACCGCACAGAGGGCUCCCACAUCACCAUCUGGUGCAACGUGAGUGGCUACCAGGGGCGUUCCGUGCAGAAUUUCCAGUGGUCCAUUUACCUGCCCUCCGCCCCAGAGCGCGAGGUACAGAUCGUCAGCACCACGGACUCUUCCUUCCCGUAUGCCAUCUAUACCCAGCGUGUGCGCAGUGGAAAGAUCUACGUGGAGAGAGUCCAGGAAAACUCAGCCUUACUGCAUAUCACAGAUCUCCAGGCCCGGGACGUGGGGGAGUAUGAAUGCCACACGCCCAGCCCAGACGACCAAUUCUUUGGGAGUUACAGUGCCAAGAUGAACCUAGUGGUGAUCCCCGACACUCUGCAGACCACCGCCAUACCCCAAACUUUGCACAAAGUGGAGCAGGACCCUCUGGAACUGAGUUGUGAGGUGGCCACUGAGACGUUCCAGCACAGCCACCUAUCUGUGUCUUGGCUCCGGCAGAGAGGCAGCGAGAAGUCCGUGGAGGUCAUUUCCCUAAGCCGAGACUUUGUGCUGCACUCCAGCAGUGAAUAUGCCCAGAGGCAGAGCCUCGGGGAGGUGCGGCUGGACAAGCUGGGGAGGACCACAUUCCGCCUCACCGUCUUCCACCUGCAGCCCUCUGACCAGGGCGAGUUCUACUGUGAGGCCACCGAGUGGAUCCAGGAUCCAGAUGGAUCGUGGUAUGCCAUGACCCGAAAGCGUUCCGAGGGAACCGUGGUCAACGUCCAACCUACUGACAAAGAGUUUGCUGUGCGGCUGGAAACGGAGAAGCGCCUGUACACGGUCGGGGAGCCGGCGGAGUUCAGGUGCAUCCUGGAGGCUCAGAGCAUUCCCGACCGUUACUUUGCCAUCUCCUGGGCCUUCAACAGCUCACUCAUUGCCAGUGUGGGGCCCAACGCUGUGCCGGUCCUCAACAGUGAAUUCGCCCACCGGGAAGCCAGGGGACAGCUUAAAGUGGCCAAAGAGAGCGACAGUGUCUUUGUGCUGAAGAUCUACCACCUCCGCCAGGAAGAUAGUGGGAAAUACAACUGCCGUGUGACUGAGCAGGAGAAAACGGUCACUGGGAAGUUCAUUGACAAGGAGAGCAAGCGUCCCAAGAACAUCCCCAUCAUAGUCCUCCCGCUCAAGAGCAGCAUCUCCAUGGAGGUGGCCAGCAAUGCCAGCGUCAUCCUGGAGGGCGAGAACCUGCACUUCUCUUGCAGCAUCCGCACGGCGGGCAGGCAGCAGGGCCGUUUCUCCGUCAUCUGGCAGCUCGUGGACAGGCAGAACCGCCGCAGCAAUAUCAUGUGGCUGGACCGGGAUGGCACUGUGCAGCCAGGCGCGUCCUACUGGGAGCGCAGCAGCUUUGGGGGCGUCCAGAUGGAGCAGGUGCAACCCAACUCGUUCAUUCUGGGUAUCUUCAACAGCAGGAAGGAGGACGAGGGCCAGUAUGAAUGCCACGUGACUGAAUGGGUGCGGGCGGUGGACGGCGAGUGGCAGAUCGUCGGGGAGCGCCGGGCCAGCACGCCCGUCUCUAUCACGGCUCUCGAAACGGGCUUUGCGGUCACAGCCAUCUCACGUACGCCGGGGGUGACCUACAGCGAAUCAUUUGACUUACAGUGCAUCAUCAAACCUCAUUACCCGGCCCGGGUCCCUGUGUCAGUGACGUGGCGGUUCCAGCCAGUGGGCACCGUGGAGUUCCAUGACCUGGUGACGUUCACUCGGGAUGGAGGGGUCCAGUGGGGAGACAGGUCCUCCAGCUUCCGAACCCGAACUGCCAUCGAGAAAGCUGAAUCCAGCAACAACGUGCGCCUGAGCAUUAGCCGAGCCAGUGACACGGAGGCGGGCAAGUACCAGUGUGUGGCAGAACUGUGGCGGAAGAACUACAACAACACCUGGACACGGCUGGCGGAAAGAACCUCCAACUUGCUAGAGAUCAGGGUGCUGCAGCCAGUGACAAAGCUGCAGGUGAGCAAGUCUAAGCGGACCCUCACCCUGGUGGAGAACAGGCCCAUUCAGCUGAACUGCUCCGUCAAGUCCCAGACCAGCCAGAACUCCCACUUUGCCGUGCUCUGGUAUGUACACAAGCCCUCGGACGCCGACGGCAAGCUCAUCCUGAAAACCACGCACAACUCUGCCUUUGAGUACGGCACCUACGCCGAGGAGGAGGGCCUGCGCGGGCGGCUCCAGUUCGAGAGGCAUGUGUCCGGGGGCCUGUUCAGUCUCACUGUCCAGAGAGCUGAGGUUAGUGACAGCGGCAGCUACUACUGCCACGUGGAGGAGUGGCUGCUGAGCCCCAACUAUGCCUGGUACAAGCUAGCGGAGGAGGUUUCCGGGCGCACAGAAGUCACGGUGAAGCAGCCAGACAGCCGCCUGAAGCUCAGCCAAGCCCAGGGCAACCUGUCUGUGCUGGAGACCCAGCAGGUGCAGCUAGAGUGCACAGUCUUGAACCGCACCAGCACAGCCUCCCAGCUCGUGGUGGAGUGGUUUGUGUGGAAACCCAACCAACCAGAGCAGGAGACAGUCGCUCGCCUGAGCCGUGAAGCCACCUUCCACUAUGGAGAACAGGCAGCCAAGAACAACCUGAAGGGGCGGCUGCACUUGGAAAGCCCUUCCUUGGGCGUGUACCGGCUCUUCAUCCAGAACGUGGCAGUGCAGGACAGCGGGACGUACAACUGCCGCGUGGAGGAGUGGCUGUCUAGCCCCAGCGGCAUGUGGUAUAAACGAGCAGAGGACACUUCUGGGCAGACAGCUGUCACAGUAAUGCGACCAGAUGCCGCCCUGCAGGUGGAUACAGUGGUCCCCAACACCACAGUGGCAGAGAAGGCAGCCUUCCAGCUGGACUGCAGCAUUGUCUCUCGCUCAAGCCAGGACUCGCACUUUGCUGUGGCCUGGUAUUCCCUGAGGACUAAAGCUGCAGGGCAAAGGGGUAGCCCUGGUUUGCAAGAAGAGGAGGAAGAGGGUGAGGAGGAAGAGGAGGACCCAGCAGAGCGGACGGCCCUGCUGAGCGUGGGCCCAGAUGCUGUCUUUGGCCCAGAGGGCGGCCCCUGGGAGGGCAGGCUUCGCUUCCAGAGGCUCUCACCCCUGCUCUACCGGCUCACGGUGCUGCAGGCCAGCCCCCGCGACACAGGCAACUACUCCUGCCGCGUGGAGGAGUGGCUACCCAGCCCGCAGAAAGAGUGGUACCGGCUGACAGAGGAGGAGUCGGCCCCCAUCGGCAUCCGUGUCCUGGACACAAGUUCCACCCUCCAGUCCAUGAUCUGCUCCAAUGAUGCACUCUUCUACUUCAUUUUCUUCUACCCCUUCCCCAUCUUCGGCAUCCUUAUCAUCACCAUCCUGCUGGUGCGCUUCAAGAGCCGGAACUCCAGCAAGAACUCUGAUGGGAAGAAUGGGGUGCCCCUGCUGUGGAUUAAAGAACCGCACCUCAACUACUCCCCCACCUGCCUGGAGCCGCCUGUGCUCAGUAUCCACCCAGGAGCCAUAGACUAAGGAGGAAGCCCCAACGAACGUUGGCCACAGAGGAGCUGGGGCUCUCCCUCGCUGCCUCUUUCUCUGUGAUUGGACAGUUGGCAGCAGCCAAACUCUGGAGUGUCCUUGCAGAGAAUGGUCAGAUUGGAGAAGUUUUAAAAGUUCCCGAUCAGUCACAGAGACAGGCUGCCUUCAGCCGGCAGUCUUGGUUGGUUAGCUAUUUGCGCGCAAAUACCGUGGUGUUGCCGUUAUAGGUUUCUUGUUUUUGUUUUUGGUAACGUAGUGAGUAGCUCCAGGUGCCACGUCUACUCAUGGAUUUAUAUAGUAUUCUCAGCUAGAUGUUACAGGGGUUCUUAUUCUUUGUAAUGUACUCUUUUUUUAAAGCCCUUUGGUUUACCCCUUUUGGAUUUCGUAAGGCUAUGGACAAUCUCUUAUAUACAACCAAUUGCAAAAGGAAGGAUGAACUUCAUAGCGACAAAGAAUUGCUUCUAAGACAUUUUGUUUUUGCACACUUGAAAAUGCCACCCAUGGAUCAAAACACACCCAAACAUUUUUUACUUUUCGUAACAAGACUUGAAAUUGUGUGUCACAUGGGCCCAAUUUGUAUUUUAUCUUUUCCCUCAGCCAGAGUUGUUGGAACCACUUUGUAGUCAAGAUGAAACCAUUGAAUUUUUGCUUCAAAGAACUGUGUGUAUACAGGCGAAAUCCUGCAUAACCCCAUUAGGAGUAGAUGGUGCCGGCCAGCCUAUCUGUCAAGGAAAAUAAGAAAACUUUCUCAGAGAACAAGUCAAAAGUACCAGACAGCACACACUUUCAAGCUAAAGUGGGCUGAGGGCUGUUUUUGGCAGCUACUGACUUUCAGAUUGAUCAAAGCCAGUGAUUAGAAAAGAAAGCUGCUGUUGGUUUGAGUGGUUCUGCAAGGGCAGUCAUUCACGGAUAACUGGGAAGGUGGGCUUUGUCUUCAGGUGCUUUGCCAAACUCGUAAGGGAAGUAUCCAGUUAGCCGGAAGUGGGACAGUGCUGAGCUGAGCACAAGGGGCUGAAGCAGCCACGUAUACACCCAAAGGAGGGCACUGGGGUGGCCACAGCGCAGUCUGGGGAAAAGCGUGAUGGUGAGCUGGGAGGGGGCUAUCCAGGGCCUGGCAUUGGAGAGUGGGGAGAAAUAACGACCUCCCUGGAGGUACGAAGACUAGGUUUUGCUUCCUCCUUCCAGUUAGGUUUUCCUCAAAAAUAUUAACAUCUUCCUUAUUCAUCACUUGUCUCUUCCCAUGUCUUACUGCCAUAAGAAUAUCAGAGUAGGGGAGGGUCCAGACUCAGUCCCUCGGUAAUCAUUUCGGCUUACUGCCUCUUCACAGAAAGUGAUCACGUGGCGUUGUCUGUGGGUUUUUUUCUUUCCCUUUCUUGGAUCUUGUGUGUGGUUUUAGGUUACUUGGUGGUUCAUUGUUAUGGUGGCUUUUUAAUUUCAGUGCCCCUUAAGCCCAGCAGGGGCCAGGUGCCACCCUGUUAUCUUACACUACUGGACAAGGUGCUUGGCUACUUGGGAGCAAUAUCCACUGUUCACCCCAUUGCAAUGUUUUAUGCUCUUAUUUUCCCACAUUUUGCUGGCCAACAGUGCACUCUCCCUUCCUUUGUGAAUGUGCAUGAAUCCCAUGAUGGCUCCCAAUUUGGAAAAAGCCACCAGGGAUUCUGGAACUGAACAGGCUCCAGGGGAAGCUGUGGGACUCCCCCAGCCAUGUGGGCCCUGAUCCUUUUUGUUUUUGUUGGGUGCUGUUGAGUCGAUUCCGGCUCAAAGCAACCCCCUGUGACAGUAGAACUGUCCCAUGGAGUUUUCUAUGGUGAGAUCUUUACGAGAGGAGAUACCAGGUCUUUGUCUCAUGCAGCUGCUGGGUGGGUUUGAACCGCCAACCUUUCACUUAGCAGCCCAGCGUUAACCAUGCGUGCCACCAGGACUCCUCUGAUCCUUAUUAGGAGUCUGAAGGCGUGCAGGUGCUUGGGGUGCUCACUGCAGGCUUGGGUGAGCCACAGCUGAGGGAGCACCAGGGAAUUGCUUAGCCAGCAUUUUCCGACAGGCUUAUGUAGCCCUGUUUCUUUUUCUUCCAGUUUCUCCAGUACUCUGCUGUGAGACAAGGAGUGGGCACCACCACCUUAAUCCCGCUGGUGCCUACCACGCUCGUUCUCAUUUAUUAUGCUGCAUCAACAUGUUUGAGGUACAGAAGCGGCUCAGUCGUGAGGGAAGAGAGCAGUUUUUACCCUAUUUCUUCAUUUCAGGGGUGUGGGCUUCCAGUGAGAAAGAGCUGACUCCUCGUUUUCAGACUGAGUCAGGGAGAGAAGAUGAUGUACUGUUCCUUUGUCUGAAUAGAAAGAUGCCAGAGGGCUGGAUGGAGCUGGGAAACGUAAAUAAGAUUUGCAUUUGUGUUGGUUCACAGUUGUAGAUAAGGAGUUGUCGCACGUAAUUACGUGAAGCAGUUGCAGAAAAUUUGAAAGGAAAAAAGAAACCGAAGCCAGUAUUUUAGUAAUUGUUGUUUUCUGUGUAUUUUCUAUUGGACUGGGGAGACUGCAUCAAAAAUUGAGCUUUUUCAGCUUUCUAUGAAAAAUCCCAGGACCUUCUUUCUUUGGCCAUUUGAAUGGAAAUGGAGUGUCAGAUGGAUAGUAAUGGUGCCCUCCAGUGGCUGCACGACUUCAUCGCAGUUGCCUACCGGAGCUUUAGUUCUCUGGAGCCAGGAGAGGAAAACUGCUGAACACGCUCUUGACUUACCUACGUCUACGAUGUUUUGCAUUUAGAAAAACUACACUGUGCCAGGCCCAUUCUAAGACAUGGAUAUGACCACAUCCUCUUUCACCAGGGUGUUUCUGUAAAAAGUUUUCAUAUUCUUUUCAAACAAUGGUAUCUCUGCGUUAAGGGUUGAAGAAAAACAAGGAGAUAGGAGAAGAAAGUUAAACAUGCAUGAUGUAGAGAGCUGUUGAUUUGGUUCAUUUUUGUUUUUUUAAAGGAAAACUAUUUGUAAGAAGUUGCACUAAAAUGUUUUACAUACACUUCAGAGACCUGUAGUAAAUUAUGUUGAAAAUACGGCUGUUUACAUUUA